CAGAUAGGAAACCUGUGAUUAUUGAUCUUCGUUGUACACCACCGGCGACGGCAUAGGAUUUCAUUUUAUAUAAUACUCAAUGAUCAUGAAGGUUAUUUCAAUUUCAACAGAAAAUGAUGUAGUAUCCAUACCAGUAUUUUGAUUAUUAUCAUUGGGUUCGUCCAAAGAUGGGAUGUGGAGCAUCCAUGCAGAAUCGGUCAAAUACCAAUGGUUACAUAGCUUCAGAAAAGAAACCAAUGGAUCAGUCGCAAGAUGGCCGAACUCAUAAAACUGCAGUCGUGAAUUCCAAAAAUUCAAAAUCUUUUAAAAAUCCCGCUGUCACUUCCCGCAUGUCAUCAAUGCGUCAGAAAGACGCACAGACCAUACGAAAAUGGGAACAAAGUGAUAUCAGGAAAAUUUUGCAAGACAAAAGAACUAGCAACCCAGAUUGCAAUUUCUGGGAUGCCGUUGAUGAGUUAAUUUCUGAUGAUGCACCUGUUGUUUUACCUGACAUAAAGAGAAAACAAUGGAAGACCGUCAGAUUGUUUAUAUCGAGUACGUUUAAAGAUAUGAAUUGUGAACGUGAAUAUUUGGUCAAGUCGGUGGUGCCUGUUUUACGUCAGUGGUGUGAUGAAAGAAAACUUCGGCUUAUAGAAUGUGAUUUAAGAUGGGGUGUUCCAAAAGAUGCCGAUACCAGGGAGACGUUAAUGGCAUGCUUGUCUGAGAUAGAUAGGUGUCGUGAGGAGAACGAAUUCCCAUAUUUUCUAUGUAUGUUAUCAGAACGUUAUGGAUACGUUUGUGAUGAUGAAACAGUUCCUGAUGACAUUAAAACUAAAUAUAACUGGUUACCAGGAAUGUCUGUUACUGCCUUGGAGAUUUUUACUGGUGCUUAUUGGGAUAAAAACCCGCAUGCCUUAUUUAUGUUACGCAGUCCCAAGUUUGUACCAAAGAUUCAAGACGAGGCCAUACUUAAAGCAUUUGUUGAGACGAACCAAGAAUCCAUCGAUUCUUUACAGACUUUAAAGAACAAAAUCAAAAACAACUUCCCACCCUGUCAAGUGAAAGAUUACGAUUGUCAGGUGAAGGAAGAGAAAGACAACAGGCUUACCUUAACCGGAUUAGAAAAAUUCGGAAAGGAUAUACUUGAACAUUUUAAAAAAGUGCUUGAGAAACAAUACCCAAAUGAUUCCUUGGGCGAAGAGAUGACCGAAUCUGAGAUUUUACUAGAAGAACAAAGAGAUUUCCUUCUUCAAAGAUCUGGGGUAUUAUUAGGACGAGAUGCAGCUGUUAAAACGGUCACAGAUUACAUCACUAAGAAACCUAAAAAAGACAAACUACUUCUAUUAGCCGGAUAUCCUGGUGCAGGAAAGAGUUCAUUGAUGGCGUAUUCUGCUAAAGAAGCACUCCAGAAUAAAGACAAUAAGGUCUUUUAUCAUUUUGUUGGGGCCACACCAGAUUCGACCAAUCCUUUCAGUAUUUUGUCCCGAGUAUACCGGGAGUGUAUGCCGAGUGAGGAUAACAUGCCACAAGACGUUGAAGAGAUGUUACGAUUUGCCCCUACUAUGUUUAAGACCGCUACCAAAGCUGCACAAUCCAGUGGUUUCAAGAAAUUAGUGGUUUUUAUUGAUGCACUGAAUCAGAUGGAAGAGGAAGGAAACUCGGCUGAAUUAGCAUGGCUGCCCAGAGAAAUGGUUCCCGGAUUAAAGAUUAUCGUUAGUACAUUAGAAGGAAAAUGUCUUAAAGCUUUAAAAAAUCACAAUAUUCAGCCCGAAGAGUUGUUAGUUGAACCAUUAAAUAAUGAUGUCCGACAAGAAAUAGUUGAACAGAUUUUACUAGAAUUUAACAAACAGUUAGAUAAUGAACAGAUGUCUCUACUGGUUGAAAAGGAAGAUGCUGGUCGACCAUUGUGGUUAAGUGUUGCUUGUGAAGAGUUGAGAGUUUCGGGAGAUUUCAGAACAUUGACUAAAAAGAUCGAAACCUUACCACAGGAUCUAACUGGAUUGACCAAGAUAGUAUUUGAGAGAAUAAGUAAAGACUAUGGUGAAGAUUUUGUUGUGGCCACUCUCUGUGUCUUAGAAACCUCCAGAUUUGGUUUGAUGGAAUCCGAGUUGUUAGAGUUACUGGCCCUGAAACCUGUGUCAUAUAAGAAAUCUGUCAAGACUGAUAAUAAUUCUAAUGGCAAAAUAAGUAUGGCUGAGUGGGCUUAUGUUUAUCUUGGUUUAAAGACUUUUCUAAGACCAUGUGGAACAUCCGGUGAAGGACGGUUAGAUUUCUAUCACAGAUCUGCUAGUAAAGUUGUUAGACAAGUUUAUUUGUACGAUGAAGAGGUUCAACGUUGGUGGCAUCAACGUCUAGCUGAUUAUUUUUCAAGAAGCAAUGAUGUAACCAGGAAAGCAGAGGAACUUCCGUUUCAUCUGUAUGAGCUGGAUAAUCGGAAAGAUCUGAAGAAAUGUCUUCUUCAACCAGACAUGUUUUUACAGUUGUAUCAAGAGAAGACUAAGUUACAGUUAAUGAAGUAUUGGCAGUAUAUAGGUGGCUAUGAUAUAGCUGCUAAAUCAUAUACCAAAUUUCUAAACGAUUACUCUAAGAACGUUACAGAAGAUAAGGAACUAUAUCAUUUAAAGAAUAAACUUGGAUGGUUUCUUGUUGAUAUUGGUGAAUAUGACGCAGCUAUAGAAAUAUUAGAAGUUUUAUUGGAACAAUUGGAAAAUGAGUUUGGUAAUGCAUCCAGGGAAUCGGCGGAUCCGUUAUAUGCUAUGCUCACUCUUUGCUAUAGAAGGGGUAUGAAGUUUGUGUACGGUAAUAAUCCUCUAACUAGAAGUAACCGUCAAACAGGAAUUGUAUACAGUAGACGGUGUUACGAUGUAUUCACCAAACAUUUCGACAAGAAUGAUAAUAAACUUGGAGAAGUACUGUCGAUUGCUGGAUACUUUAAUAAAGAAUAUCUGGAAGAAGCUGAACAUAUCUUCAAGAAAAACAACAAUGGUGGGGGAUUGGCUGUCGUCUAUUUUAUGCUGGGAGGGAAAAACCAAUAUAAUACUGAUAUGAAUGUUCCAAUUAACUACUUUGAGAAAUCCUUGGCGCUAUGUAUGUCUUCGUACGGAAGGUUAAGUCUCCACCCAGCCAGGUGUUAUCAGCUUUACGCUCAGAUGUAUUGGAAUCGUUGGAUUAAAAAUGAUAACGAGGAAUAUCUAGAGAUUAGUAUUGGACAUUACUUAAGCGAGAAUGAAAUAUUAAUGGAGAUAUUAGGCGAAAAUCAUCCAACUACAGUUCGUUCAAGACAGGACUGUAUUAUAGUGCUGACCAAGCUCGGAAGGAUGGACGAGGCAAACAAACUUAUUGCAAUGCAACCAGCAAAUAAUGUGUCUGUUUAAAACCACUUGUAAAUGUGGUUUUAAAGCCAAAUAACAAUUAAUGUUCUGAUGCAACGGUAUACCAAUUGGCACUACUAAAUGAAGAUCCCCGGGGAAGAACGAUCUAUAAGUCACUUUUUCAACGAACCCCAGUUAAUGGCGCCAUCUGGUAGCAAAUUGUAUAAGCUUUCUGUGGAAAAAUCAAUUUCAGUUAAAACCUGUCAGAGUCACAUCGAACCAAGGCCCUUCUGAAAUGGCCCCCAGGACAAAUACGUCCAUAGUACUCUUUAUUUGACCUUAAUAUGGCUGAAAAGUGGAAGUCAGUUGUUGUACUGGUAAUUAUGAUUCAUAUUAAACAUCAUUUUGAAGUUGUAGUUAACCCCACUCGUUGUUCUGUUCGCGCCAAGCAUUCUCGUCCAAAAGUCUGUUUUGCCUUUUUUACAAAAAGACAAAAAUGUGACUUAGGUCGUUCUUCCCCUGGACUCUUCAAAUGCAAAUGUAUCGUUACCAACCGAUUUCUGCACAGCAUCCUUUUCUAUCAAUUUUCUUUAUGUAUUUUGUGGACGAGGCAAGUGAUAGUUGCUGCCACAUUAAUGGAAAAUUUUAUUGAUCAUUAUUCAGUUGUUGAUGAUACUGAAAAUAUUCCAGUUUUUAUUUAUACUAUCUGUUUAUAUAUAAUAUAAUAUGACUCGGUAUUGUUAACGAUGUGGUUAUUUCCACUAAAAGCAGUUGUGAUAUUUUAGCUCAAACAUUGUCUACCUCGCCUUAAUAUCAAAUAUACGCCUCAGUGAAUUUAAACGGCUUUCAAUCGAUCCUUACUUGUAGAUCUAAAUAUUUCAUUAAAAAUGUUUCAUUUGUCUCAACUUUGUAAAUAUAAUGUUUUUGAAUUGUUAAACGUUACCCAUUUAUUCCUUGGUGAACAGACUCAUUUACAUCAUCCUCGCAAGUGAUAACUGGUAAAAUUCGUAAAGUUCUGCCCAUGGCAGGAUUUGAACCCCGUGAAUAGUGUUGUUCUGUUUACAAAUAAACAGUAGCUAGUUUGUGAUAACAUAGUAUAUAUUUUUUUCAUUUAAUAAGUUUAUAAAUAUGACUAAGAUAUAUUUUACUGGAAUAUAAUUUAUAAAUAUGACUAAGAUAUAUUUUUUAUAUUUUACUGGGAUAUAAUGUAUAAAUAUUACAUAAAUAUCACUAGGAUAUAUUGUAAAAAUAAAUAUUCCUAGGAUAUAUUAUACCAAUACUAUACUCUCAGCGUGGUAUUUUUAAAGCCCAUGCUCAAAUUUGUCAUUGGACUGACAAGGCAAGUGUAACUAGCCUUUCUGAUGGAACGAAGAACCUGCUCAGUGUACGCAAAAGAAAUCUUGACAGCUGGAAUACGAUGACAAGUAGGUGGAAAUGGCGUCGUCUUGGUCAAAUUGUCCGUCUUAGCAUCGUAAACUUGACCAGAAAACAAAAUAACCGGUGUAUUAUCUUGAUGCGAGGUUAAACCUUACUCCAUUACGUUUAUGGUACAGGACGGGGGCCUGACAAGGACAGUUGUCUAGUCAUUCGGGUGGUACCAAACACCGAGGCCCCGUGUACACAAUGGCGUGCAUGUAAAAGAUCCUUUGGCAGUUGGAAUACGAUAUAAGAGUAGGCCUAAGCGUCGCUGUCCGGGCAAAAUGUCCCUCAUAGCACACUGACUGGCGUAUGCCCGUCUUCAUUAGCCCAGUCGCAGCAGAACAUUAGGACAUUAAACCCCAUUUUAUUUAAUUUCCAUUACCUUUAACCAUACAGAUGAUAGCUCCACUUUCUCGGACAAACUUUUCCUCAUAACACAAUGUAUGGCGUAUGCCAUCUUUAUUAACCCAGUUGUAGGAUAAAUAAGAAGGAUAAGAUUAAAUGGAAUUAUUGUUUAUCUACAUUUGAAAUAGAUAUUAAACAGUUCACUGGGUCCUUUGGAAAAAUUGUCUUUCAUUCACUAAAUGUCAAAUGAAACGCAGAUAAAAUUUGCCGCAAGCAUCACUAUUAUGAAACAAUAUUUAAUAAACACAAUUUAUAAGUUUAGUUUUUUCGUUUCUUUGUUGUACGAUUUGACUUUGGUCUAAUAUUAUUCUUCACACUUCCAGACGUUUUUUACUAUUACUGUGGGCACUAUUCGGUUGAGUAGAAGGUGAUUGUUGAUCAAGUGAGCUGAGAGUUUCGAAUGACUGUAGUAGUUGAGCGUAUUGGUUAGUUCGUUUAUCUCAAAGAAUCUACUGUAGUAAUCCGUAAGAAAUGGGUAGUCUUUGUUGUGUAUAGUGAAUAAUAAAUCUGUGCAAACUUUC